CUCCGCCCCCGCGUGAUGACGCGCCGAGCGGGGCGGGGCGGGGCGGGGCGGGGCGGGGCGGGGCGGGGCCGGCAGGGUGGGCAGGGCCUCUCCUUCCGAGCCAUGAAGAACAAAGUCAAAGGAGCCGCCAUCGGAGCCACUGUCGGAGUAGGGGUGGCCCUCUUUGGCGUCCCCGCGGGCGUCUGUGUGCUGGGCUUUAAGGCGACCGGCAUCGCCGCUGGGUCCCUGGCUGCCAAGAUGAUGUCAGCAGCUGCCAUAGCCAACAACGGAGCAGUGGCGGCCGGCAGCACCGUGGCCGUGCUGCAGUCGAUUGGAGCUGGAGGUUUUUCUCUUGGUGCCAAAAUCGGGCUGAUGUCUACCCUGGGGCCGCUCGGUGCAGUGGCCGGUUCCAGGCUGUUCAACUGGAAGAAAACUUCAGGUGACAAACCCAAGUGAAGCCAAGAAGGUGCCUGAGCCCGAGGUUUCUGCCAGGCAGCCCCCGCAGCCCCCCAGCAACCCGGCCACCCUCUUACAAUCUGCGGUUCCGCUGGAGCAAUGAGUGCAUUGAAACCAAUAAAGGCGGUUCACAUGUG